AUGACAAACCUUCAGCCGCCCAAGACAGUUAAAGAUAUCAGAAGCUUCCUAGGACAUGCUGGGUUCUACAGGAGGUUCAUUAAAGAUUUCUCACAGAUAGCAAGGCCGCUAACACGCCUAUUAUGCAAGGAUAUUAACUUUGAGUUCACAGAGGAGUGUCACAAGGCUUUCACUAAGAUCAAAGAUGCAUUGGUCAGUGCGCCAGUGGUUCAACCUCCAAACUGGGAACUACCUUUUGAGAUAAUGUGUGAUGCAAGUGAUUAUGCAGUAGGAGCAGUGCUUGGACAAAGAAAAGACAAGAAGCUACAUGUGAUCUACUAUGCCAGCAGAACACUUGAUGAGGCACAAUGCAAGUAUGCCACAACAGAAAAGGAGCUUCUUGCUAUUGUCUUUGCAUUUGAGAAAUUUCGAUCAUACUUGGUGGGAUCAAAAGUUAUAGUUCACUCUGAUCAUGCAGCAUUAAGGUAUCUUUUAUCUAAGAAAGAUGCCAAGCCAAGAUUGUUGAGAUGGAUACUACUACUGCAAGAAUUUGAUCUUGAGAUCAAGGAUAGAAGAGGAGCAGAUAAUGGAGUAGCUGAUCAUCUUUCAAGGAUGAGAGUUGAAGAAAAUCUACCCCUUGAUGAUAGGCUACCUGAAGAAUCAGUUUAUGCAGCUGAAGCUAGCAAUAAGCAUGGACAACUAGGCCAUCACAGGCCAGGAACAAAGAUCUCAUCAUCAAACACACCAUGGUUUCGCCACAUAGCAAACUUCCUUGCAGCUGAAUACCCACCACCAAACUUCUUUGGCUACAGAAAGAAGAAAUUUCUGCGUGAUGUAAGAAGGUACUACUGGGAUGAACCUUACUUAUACAAGAAAUGUUCAGAUGGAAUGUUUAGAAGAUGCAUACCUGAGGAAGAGGUAGAAGGAAUAUUGUUUGCUUGUCAUAGUUCUAGCUAUGCAGGCACUUUGCCACUUACAAGACAGUAUCCAAGGUCCUACAAGCUGGAUUUUGGUGGCCAACUAUGUUUAAGGAUGCUCAUGCAUUCAUAUCAAGAUGUGAUGCUUGCCAAAGAAUGGGAAAUAUAA